GUACGAUUUCGUCGGCCGCAACGUCACACUCGAGACCAACCGGGACCACAACGAGAGCUACAGCCUGGAGUGUGCGUACAUCAACCCGGUCUUCCGGGGCGACUUCCAGGUGGUGUGCAGGUACGGCAACCUCACUGGCGACUUCUCCGCAUGCAUUGGUGACCCCUGCCCAUACGGCACGAACAUCGAGGUCAUCGUGGGCUGGCAGAGUGCAGUCAAGGAGAACCCCUACGGCCAGGUGGAUCAUGGAACAACUUGGACGGAAGACUGCAGCGGCAUCAACAACGAGUUCACCGGCGACGUCACGAUGACCUGCAUCGGAGGCCAUUUCAGCUACGAUUCCUCCGCCUGCGUUCAGCAAGAAGUCGGCUGCCUUCCGACAGGUGAGGGCCAGCAAAUCGUGGUCGGCAACGAAACCAAGGUCUUGCGGCCCACGUCUGCAGUUGCACUCGGAGUCGAUUUCGCAGUGGACUGCGGCGACUUCCUAGCUAACUACGUGGGAACAGUAUCCGGCACCUGCAGCACCAUGGGCAGCUACGUCG